AGAACACAACCUUCUGCGACAGCACAGCCAGAGAAGAUUCAACCCUGAACCAAAGGACGCAAUUCCUCUUCAUUAACGACAACUUAACACUUAUUAGACUGCAGAUAUUUUUGAACCUGCUCUACUCACCAAGAAGAUGACCAAUCUGUCCGAGAAAGUUAUUUUUAUCUUCCUAACUGCACAGGUGUUCACACUGGUCCGGUCCCAGACCUGUCCUCGAAGGUGCCAGUGCCCUAAGGAGCCCCCCAUGUGUCCCCCCGGAGUGCCUUUGAUCCUGGAUGAUUGCGUCUGCUGCCUGGUGUGUGCCCGUCAGAAAGGGCAGGUCUGCUCUGAAAUGAAUCCCUGUGACACACGCAAAGGUCUGCAGUGUGACUACAGCGUCGACGUCCACAAGAGGACUGGUGCCUGUGCUGCUAAUAAGGGAGAUGUGUGUGUUUUGGAUGGUUCUGUCUAUCAGAGCGGCCAGAGCUUCUUCCCCAGCUGUAAAUACCAGUGUUUUUGCCGUGAUGGGCAGAUCGCCUGUGUGCCACGCUGCAAUUUGGACGUGAUGUUGCCCGGGCCAGACUGCCCGAUGCCACGCCGGGUCCAGGUGCCUGGAGAGUGCUGCGAGAAGUGGGUGUGCGAGCCCCAGAAUGAGGCCAGUGCACUGGGCGGCUUUGCCAUGGCCGCCUUUCGUCAGGAAGACACAGUAAGCUUUGAUGGUUUUGACCCCAGCCUGAACUGCAUUGAGCAGACCACAGAUUGGGGUGCUUGCUCUCAAACCUGCGGCAUGGGAGUGUCCACCAGGGUCACCAAUAAGAACAGUCGGUGUGAGAUGGUGAAGCAGAGCCAGCUGUGUAUGAUCAGACCAUGUGACGACCAGCAGGACCAGACCCAGCUGACACAUCUUGCACCAAAGAGAGGCAGUAAGUGUCAGAGGAUGGUGAGGAGCGACAAAGCUGUUCACCUCUCCUAUAAGAACUGCACCAGUGUCCAGGCCUACAAGCCUCGCUACUGUGGCACCUGCACAGACAGCCGCUGUUGCACCCCCCACAGAACCAAGACCGCCCUGGUGGAGUUCCGGUGUGCCAACCGUAAAACCAGUAGGAGACCAGUCAUGGUGAUCCUGACCUGUGCUUGCCAUACCCACUGCCCCCGAGACAAUGCUGUGUGGCAGCCAACAGAGCUGGGAUACAGCGGUUAUAGGUCAUAAAGUCCCUCUUGAACAAUAUUCUGUUUAAAACAUGAGUUGUGUUAACUCUAAAUGUUAGAUUAAAACAAAACUUUCUGCGAAAUAUCCAGAAAAUAUGAUUUUAUCUGCUCAUUAUGGUCAUGAUCAUAUUUCCUGUUUUGUGGUGAGAGCUCAAGAUCUCUGAUCCUGAAGAAAGGAUUGAGUUGUGUAACAUAUUGUGGACAAAUGAGUUUUAUCUUCAGUAUUGUAGGCUAAAAUCAAAGCACUUAACGCUUGUGAUGAAAUGAUUCUCUCCAUAGAUCAGGGCGAGUACUACCAACCAUAGACAAAAGACUACGGUUGGAUUUGAAUAGUUUUAGGCGCACUUACUUACUUAGAGGGGACAGCCUCUAUUCGAGAGGUAAGAUAGUUUGAAGUUCUUCAGUUACAAGGUAGUGCAGACGUGCGGGAGUGUCAUGACUGUUUGACUGAGAGUCAGGUUGGCCAAUCAGGAAACACUUUUUUUUACAAAGAGCCUGAAACCAUAAUGGGUUUUGUUCAGCCUAAAUUGGGGGGAACUUCCGCAAUGUAGGAUAGCAAGUUUUCACAAUAAAUAAAAAAAAACCUACUGUACUGCGACACUUUGACACCUUCAUCUGAAAUAAAUCUAUAGUAUAAUUACUUGUAUCCCAUUACUUUUACAUAGAAAGAAAGAAAAGGAGGAAACAAAGGAUUUUAAAGUAAGCUGUUAACCUUUUACGGGCACUGCCAUGGACAUCUUUCAACUAUGGGACACAUUUUUUGAAUAACUUGACUGUGUGCUUUUACUUAGUCCACACCAAGGGUUCAACUUAUGAAAGAGAGGUCAGUGCAGUGACUUUGUGUCAUUUUUAACAUUUGCCUGAAAUCUUACCCCAUUGGUAAUGGUAAUGGUCUAUACUCAGUAAAUGCAAAAGUAUGUUAUUUAGGUUAAUAACAGAAUUGUUUUUUUUUGUUAAAAGUAGUACACAUAAACAAGACCUGCUUUUUUUGACGACAAAAGUUGUGUAAAUACUUGCUGUAUAGCUUGUUUGACUGAGUGUGUAUCAAAUACACAGCUUUAAUGAGUAAUAAUGUAAACAUGAAUUGUAUAUAUUGGAACGUGGUAUUGUUUUGAUUUCUACUUGAAUAAUGCUUCAUACUGCUUGUUGCUGAUACUGUCUGAAUAAUAAUAAUGCAAAACUCAACAUUUGAAAAUAAAUGUGUAUUUUUGUAUCUAUUUUUCAUUAUGUUUUUUUAUAUUCAACAGUAUAAAUCGUUCUUUUGUUGAUGCAAUUAAUUUGGCUAUACAUUAGAUGGUGAUUUGUGUUCAAAUGAGUAGACUGAAUUAGUUGGAUUAGGUAAAUAACCACUUGAGAUUUUAAAAGGGUAUAAUUGAAGAAAC